AUGUUGGCUAAUCCCGACACCGAUCUAGCACCUCCGCAGCCCCACAGCUCUGUUCCGCCAGGCGAUAGGGCACCUAGCGUACACACGGCGCAAAGCAAAUCGUCCCGUUCGUCGGCGACCGUGAAGGCACAAAAAGCCGCAGCUGAAGCGCUCGCCCUGCGCCGCCGCUUGGAACGAGAGCAGGAGCUUGCCGCCCACGAGCGCGAACGCGAGCAGGUGCUCGCCCAACGUGAGCGCGAGCGUGAACGUCACCUCGCGGAGUUGCAGCGGCUGGUUGAAGAGAGCGAGCUACAAGCCGAGCUCCAGGCUAUCGACGCCGACGCCGAAAGCAGCCGCGCUAGUCAUCGGAGCUCUACACGGGUGAGCGUAGAUAGAACCAAAAAAUGGAUAGAAAAUCACGACUUUGACACUUGUGUUAAUAAGGACAAUCCUGAAGUAGGAUGCGAGCAACGUUUCUCUGUUCCAUCUCCCGGCCUCGCGGUACCACCACCGAAGGCCACUCGGGUAUCUGCAUUCCCUAUUAACUCCCUCAAUCGCCAAUCAGAACCUGGAAUCGCCACCAAAGCGUCCGAGGCGGCCGGCUUUAGGCCCCCGCUCAUUCCCACGGAUCUUGGCCAACCUGUUCUCUUGCAAGCGGUAGCUGACACCGCGGCCGCAGCGAAGGCUCUCGCCUCAGCUUCCAGUGUAAAGAAACUGGAAUUACCUCAAUUUAUGGGUAACACGCUGCAAUGGUUACAAUUUAAACGCAUCUACAAUGUUACAAAAAAUAACUUUUCUCCUCUAGAUAAUAUUAAUCGGCUCCAUAAUGCGCUCCGCGGCCCCGCGCGUGACGCUGUGGCGGCACUCUUGAUGUCCACAGAGGACCCUGAAGAGGUCAUGCGCGCUCUCGAGGACAACUUCGCCCGCCCCGAGCUCAUCGUCUACAAAGAGGUCAAUGCAUUAAAAAACCUCCCACGCCUGGGUAAUAAUGACUUGAAAGAACUUGGAAUACUCUCUAAUAAGGUACGCAAUUCCAUUUCUACAAUAAAGUUAUUAAAUCAUUUGGAAUACCUGUAUUCUCCUGAGUUAUUUCACGCUGUAUUAGGGAAACUUAACCCUACAAUGAAAAUUCGGUGGACAGACUUCGCCACACUAGAUGGCACAGGACGUCCUAAACUUGAAAUUCUGUCUGACUUUUUAAAACGCGAGUUCGAUCAACAUAUUCGUUUCGGGUUGUCACCAGAGUUUAGUGCUACACAACCGCAACACAAUACCGAAAAAAUACAAAAGCGUGAAAGCGUUCACAAUAUUAAUGUGCAAAUUGUGCAAUCAAAAUCGUCAAUUAAAGGCGAUCGUACUAAAAAACAAGCCUGCGUAUUUUGUAACAAUGAGCACAAUAUUAAGGAUUGUUCAAAAUUUAAAUCUUUAUCUGUCGACGAACGAUGGCAGUGGUUACGUGAAGCAAAAGUUUGCUAUAGGUGUUUAAAGGCUAGUCCACACAAGUGGAAAGCGUGCCAGGUGAAGCCGUGCGGCGUUGACGGCUGCUCCUUUCGUCAUAACGCGCUUCUCCACCAACAGUCACCGCCGGCUCCGCUAGUCAACGUUCUUCACGACCAGGCAACAAACAAUGAAAUUGAUAAUUCAAUUAAUAUUGAAAACGAUACGUCACUUACUUCCUCUUACCAACCCACCGACGACAAAGUAAUAGUGUCUACUACCUCUACCGGCACACAAAAGUCUAACGUAAAAUUAGCUCUCCAUCCGCGCGCCCAUCUAAAGAUCGUACCUGUCACUGUCGCGGGUCCUACUGGAUCCUGUAACGUGUACGCGUUCCUUGAUGACGGGAGCACUGCAAGUCUUAUAGAUUCCAGUAUUGCCACGCGCAUAGGGUCGACCGAGCCAAAAGAGACCAUUACAGUGAAUGGUGUGUGCCAACUUCAAUGUCAGACUACUAUAUCAUAUGUCGAUUUUGAAAUUAGGGGUAGGUAUACAAAGGAAACGUUUUCAGUGAAAAAUGCUCGUUGCGUGGAUAAUGUAGGUUUGCGGACACAGUCACUCAAACGUGAAGCGCUUGAAUCUUUUUCACAUUUGACCGACGUAGCCGAUGUUCUUACAUAUGAAGACGCUACACCGACUAUUUUAAUAGGCGCCGAACAUUGGUACUUGUCAAUCCCCCGUGACGUUCGUGUUGGUGGAAUCAACGAGCCAGCCGCUGUUUUGACAGUACUAGGCUGGGUUUUGUAUGGCGUUGUUUCUAGCAAAACGAAGUUGGUUGAAUUUAUUAAUUACACACACGCCGACAUAAUUAAUGAUGAGAACUUAGAGUCUUUAAUCAAAGAACAAUAUAAACUCGACUCCAUAGGAAUUACUAAAACUGAAACGUUACAUAGCAAACAAGACCAGCGCGCAAUUGACAUUUUGGAAGCAACUACCAAACGAUUGCCCUCUGGUCGAUUUGAAGUAGGCAUGCCUUGGCGUGACGGUAUACAGCGUGUCCCUGAUAGUUACCCACAGGCGAUGUCACGUUUUUUGAGUUUGGAACGGCGCAUGUGUAAAGAGGUUGAGUUUGCUAAGGCGUACAACGCAUUUAUUAACAAUAUGCUAGCUAAGGGUUACGCAGAGGAAUGUGCGCCAGAUACUUACUACGGGCAACACAAUAAAAAUUCUGACAACAUGCGCCUCUACCUUCCACAUUUCGGCGUUUACCACCCUCAAAAACGAAAGGUUAGAGUAGUCCAUGACGCAGCAGCCAGGAAUGAGGUAGUUAGCCUGAACUCCUUACUGCUGUCGGGUCCUGAUCUGCUCCAGCCUCUGCUUAAAGUCUUGUUUCGCUUUCGGGAAAGUUGUGUUGGGAUAACCGCAGAUAUCAAAGAGAUGUUUCCUCAGGUGCGAGUUCGAGAUCAAGAUAGGGACGCUCUUCGAUUUCUGUGGAGACCCGAUAAGACAAUUGCCAUUAAGGAGUACAGAAUGACGUCUGUCAUCUUCGGUGCCUGCUGUAGCCCCUUUAUUGGGCAAUUUAUUAAAAACAAAAAUGCUCUUGAACAUGCUGAUUCGUACCCACAAGCCGUGGACGCCAUUUUGUUUAGUCACUACAUGGAUGACUACAUCGACUCACAAGAUGGCGUCAACGAAGCUGCUCAGUUAGCGGCAGACAUUAUCGCCGUGCACAACGCCGCCUGCUUUGAGAUGCGAGGAUGGAUCUCCAAUGAGCGAGAGGCUCUUAAACUUGUCCCCGAUGACCUUAGAGCCGCUCAGUCGUUGGAAAUCGACCUUGGAGAACUUACCAACAGCAUCCGAGCCCUAGGCAUAGCAUGGAAUCCUGCUUUAGACACGUUAGUGUUUCGCACCGGUUUAAUAGAAACGAUCCCUACUUCACUAACAAAACGAAAGGUGCUGUCACAUGUCAUGCGCGUUUACGACCCACUGGGUCUCUUAGGACCUAUAGUAGUUAAGGGACGAAUAUUGUUUCAACAGACUUGGAGAUCUAACAUCGAUUGGGAUACCGAACUCCCACAGACCGAAGCAUCGAAGUGGUUUGAAUGGUUUCAAGACCAUUUAAAGGUUUCUUCGUUAAAGAUUCCGCGUUGGUAUUCAAAGAUAAGAGGCUCGGAACCUUCCUACCGAGAACUGCACGUUCUUGCGGAUGCAAGUGAGCUCGCCUACGCUUGCGUUGCAUAUUGGCGAUUGGUGUACCCUGAUGGUAAUGUCGAGCUCACUCUCAUCGCAAGCAAAACGAGAGUCUCUCCUCUGAAACCGAUGUCUAUCCCGCGUUUGGAACUGCAAGCCGCUUUGAUAGCUUCCCGAAUCGCACUCGUUAUCAAGGACAGCCAUCGCAAAAAACCAAGGCGCACAUAUUUUUGGACCGAUUCGAUGACUGUCCUCCAAUGGUUGCGUAGUGAUACACGAGCCUUUAAGCCUUUCGUUGCCCACUGCCUCGGCGAAAUUUUGGAAAAUUCUGAUGUCAAAGACUGGCACUGGGUACCGACAGACUUGAAUGUGGCUGACGACGCAACUAGACUUCGCCUAAUUGAUUUGACGGGUUCACAUAGGUGGUUCUCUGGCCCAUCAUUUCUUUUAAAAUCCCCAGAGGACGGGCCCACAGAGCCACUUAAUGUCACACCAGCCCGCGAAGAACUUAAAUGUCAACCAAACGAGUUGGUGGGGCUGACCUCAGUCAACACAGUUUUGCCAACUCCAGUCACAGCAAAUUUACAUACAUCAAGCUGCCCGGCCAGGCCGGGUACAUCAAGCUGCGGCAAUUUUCGAUUCUCUCAAGAAUUCCACUACAUCGUCAACUCGAAACCGAUUCCUUCAAACAGCCGCCUCAUCAAACUAUCACCCUCUCUGGGAGAAGAUAAUUUAAUUCACUUGGCUGGAAGGAUAAAAGCCGUAGAAGACAUCGACCCUGAAUCACGAUUCCCGAUCCUACUCGAUGGUUGUCACCCGGUCGCACGGCUGUUAGUACAGUACUACCACAAACGAGCAGGUCAUGCGAAUAACGAAUACGUCAUCAAUGAACUAAGGCAAAGGUUCUGGCUUUUGAGGCUCCGAGAUACAGUCCGAUCAAUCGCUCACAAAUGCCUACUCUGCAAGAUUCGCAAAUCGAAGCCUAUGAACCCUGCCACUGGAGACCUACCACCUCAAAGGCUCGCUCACCACCAGCGAGCAUUUACAUUUACUGGCCUAGACUAUUUUGGCCCUGUCAAUGUUACUGUGGGCCGCCGCCAUGAGAAACGUUACGUGGCCCUGUACACAUGCCUCACAACAAGGGCAUUACACCUGGAAUUGGUACACAGCCUUUCUUCACACUCCGCCAUAAUGAGUUUGAGACGUUUCAUUGCCAGACGAGGUGUCCCAAAUACAAUUUACUCAGACAACGGGACCGCCUUCAUUGGAGCAAAUCGCAUCCUACGUCAAUUCUACUCAGAUGAUAUUCAAGAAGAAGCAGCGACAAGAGGAAUCAAGUGGAGUUUCAUUCCCGCUGCAGCACCGUCGUUUGGAGGAUGUUGGGAGCGCCUCGUUAAAACAGUGAAAGUGGCGCUGAGGGCGACACUUAAUGAAAGGUUUCCCAAGGAGGAGACUCUAGUAACGCUGCUGAUGGAAGCUGAAGCAAUCGCGAAUUCUCGCCCACUGACGCACGUUUCCACAGACCCAGAGGACCCAACCAGCCUUACACCUUUCCACUUUCUAAUUGGGUCUCCAUCAAAUCAAACCCUGCCAUCGACCUUAGAAGACCGUGACCUGUUCGGCCGCUCAGAGUGGAAGAAGGCGAUAAGGUUAUCGGACCACUUCUGGAAACGCUGGGUGCGUGAAGUAUUGCCGACAAUGCAAACACGACUAAAUGCAAAGGGAGAUCGUGGCCAGGAACUUCAAAUAGGAGAUGUGGUUAUUAUAGUGGAUGAAUCCCUGCCACGCGGAACAUGGCCAAAAGGAAGGGUGAACAUAUUAGUUACCUGGGAAAGAUGGCGUGAACAGGGUGGUGGAUGUUGCGACGGCUGGGGGUACAUUACGCCGUCCCCUCAAAAAACUUAUUAG